AUGCGUCCUGGACAGCAGCGCCUAUCAGUGUGCAUUUCAGUACAUAAAAUGCGGCGUACACAAAUACAUUUGCUGUGCUCGCUUCUCCUGGUGGCAUACUUGAGCCAAGCCAGCGCAGAAACCAAGCUCCGUACGCCGGCUCGCAUUCUGGCCAAGCAGACAGGCGCCACACAGUUUGAGGAGGAACGCUAUGAGACGCAUACGAACUGCAAUGAGCACAAGCAUCAUCUGAAGAAGCGCGCCUCCGACGAGGAUGUGGACUAUGAGGUUUAUCAGGGCGUAGUGGGACGACCGGGCAUUGAUUUUCCCAUCUAUCCGCGCAUACCAAAGACCACGUUCAGUUGUCGCUCCUACGGCAACGGCUACUUUGCAGAUAUGGAAACGGAUUGUCAGGUCUUUCACAUUUGCGAGGAGGGUCGCAAAAUCUCAUUCCUCUGCCCAAAUGGUACCAUAUUCCAGCAGAGCGAGCUCACCUGCGACUGGUGGUUCAAGGUAAACUGCCUGGGCUCUUCCGGCUACUACGCUGAGAGCGCUGAAAUCCUCAACAAGCAGCGCGUUCACCGCGUUCGCCCCUCGGUGCCAGUGCAGGGCUUUAAUAUUGUGGGCGGCGGCUUGAAUAUCAAGCCCAAGGUGACACCUGCUGUGGGUCAGGGGCGUGCGAGCACACGUGCGGGCAGCAAAUCCGAUAGGCGCAUCGAUUCUACGGAGGAUCUGCAUGCCUCGCUGGAGAGCGUUGACUUCGAUGAUGUCUCUGGAGAGAAGCAGCGCAAGGUGCUGCCCAGCAUUGAUAACAACAACAACGAACAUGAGACGCAAAUCGCAGCCGAGAGCUCAUCAUUUGUCAGUGGUGCGAACAAGCGACGCAACAACAACAACAGCAAUGGCAAUGGCAAUUUCAAUCCCAACAGCAAUGAUGAUGCAACCAUAUUGAAGCCAACACGCAGUCGCAGCAGCAGCAGCUCCUCACAGGAGCGCAGCACAAAGGUGCGUGGCGAAUCCAGAGAGCGUGCUCGCAACGGACAACGUGGACAGCAGCGGUAUAAGGAGCUAGACAGCGAGGAGCACCAGAACAAGGAGAAGAGCAAAGAUAAACUAAAGGAGAAACCCGAGUUCUACGAGACACACUCGAUCCGCCCCGUGCAGCACACUACGCCCUAUUACACACCCAGCAGCUACUCAACGGUGCGCCGCCUGGAGCCCAGCAAAUCGACGCCCUACUACACGCCCACUGUGCCCAGCGUACUCAAAUCCAAGUCCACCGAGGGUAAGCUGAAUUACAUUAAAGGCGUUCAUUCCGCAACCACGCCCAAUCCGAAUCGCUUUGGCAGCGCUGGCAUCUCAAGUUUAUUCCUGGAAUCCUCUCAGGCGCCCAAGAGCGCCAAGCCCACGGCCAGCGCCAGCCUGGAGCUGGACAGCACAUAUAGGCCUGUAAUCAUAGGCAUGCGCCAUCAUUACGAUGUGGCCGGCUCCGGGGAGCUGAAGCGUCUCGCGCUGAGCAUCAACUCGAAUGCGGAGCACGCGCCAAAAAAGAGCGAAAGUAAUCGUGAUUACUUGCCCACAACAUCAGCGCCGACAGCGACGAGCAGUGGACCCACCUAUUUGCCCAAAGUAGGCGCCGUUGUACCUAGAUCCAAUGCAGAGGCAGCUGGGGGUGAAUCGCUGCUGUUUGCACCGAAUCCCGUAAAGGAGGAGUCCGUUUAUCGAAAUGUGCAGGAUAUGCUGAAGACUGUGAGUCUGCUGAAGGAUCAAUUCGAGGAUGUCGAGUUGAAUGCACAGCCUGCAUCAAAUGCACGCGCUGGCCUAGAAAUACCGCCCUCAUCCGGCCCAGAUGCGCUCGUCUCGCUGGCCAAGUACUUUGCCCAGGAGCACAAUGAGUCAAGCAAUGCUUUGCUCAAGCCGGAGAAGAGUGUGGUGCAUACCAAGCUGUCCGCGAAGGCGCCGGCACCGGCACCCUUAUUGCCAACGGUUAAGCCAUCGGAUACGACAGCCACACUGACCACUUCCGAGACGCCUCCCAGCAUUAGCGAGCAGGCGGACGAUAUCAAGCAGAGCCUGCUCAGCGCAAAGACCGUGCAGAAAUAUAGCAAUCUCUUUGGCCUAAAGGUGGCCAUGGGUCGUGACUCAGCUGAAGGUCAGGCUGAUAUUAGCACAGGCCUGCUCUAUGCCCAGCUGAAUGAGACGCAUCCGCCGGCCAAGUCAGCGGACUACCAGCCCUUCCCACAAAUUGGCAGCACGGGCUCAACAAUAGGCGCACUGGCAGAGCGGCCGGAGUCGCGCAAGAUAGCGCAAAUCUUCUCGAACGCUUUGACCAGCUAUCUGGACAACCCCGGCAGCUUUCGGGAAGAGCUAGCGGCGCGUGCGCGACCUACUGAGCCGCCAAACUUCAAGCCAGUGACGACAACAGAUUCCACCUUAUUCAGCGACGGCACGGCCAAGUAUUAUCUGCCCACUAAGCCCUCGCCGGAUGUGACCACGCCGCAAAACAUUGCGUUCGAAAUCAAUCACAAGUUCGACUCAACGCCAGCGCCGGAGUACUCAACCACCACAGAGUUGUACGAACUAACCACCAGCAGAGCACACGAUUCGGAGCUGGAGCUAUCAGCGGAGCUGUCACCGGCCAGUCUCGAUUCCGGCGAAGGAGAUGAGUCGCUGCAGCAGCAGCAGACGCAGUCGUUUGUCAAAUCGCGCAACGAUUUGCUGCAGGAUGGACGUCCUCAAAAGCUCAUAACAACGCACAAGCCCACCGAAAAUCCGUGGGCGCUGAAAUCUCAAACGGAUUUCCUCGAUCCGCUGACCAUCAACGAUGCUCUGAUGAAGGAGCAGCGCACAACGACCACAACGACAACAUCAACCAGCACCUCCACGCCGUUUACUUAUUCGCCCAGAUCGCUGGGCGGUAGCACGACAGGCACGCAGACGACCAUGAGCUCGCCAGCGCACUAUGAGUGGGAUGAUAUAUUCCGGAGCUAUGAUAUACCACGCGAUGCGCUGCCCUCGAGCACCGGCCUGCAGCGCAUAGCCAACAAGCUGUUCGGCGGACUCAACGAGCAGGAAGCGCUGCAUUUGCGCAAUGUCAUGGCCAAGGCAGAGCACGAUCGCCAAGUUCUGAGUCUGUUACUUCUGCUUAUCCAAACCUGUGAUGAUAGCAAUGGCAAGGCACUUGAACGCUCCCGCAAGCAUCUGUUAAAUGCGCUCAUCGACAUCGACAGCAAGUUGCCCGGCAAAAACGUAGCAAGGCAGCAGCUGGCAACGACUACGACGCGUGUGCCCGUAACCACAUUCCGACGCACCGGCAAUGCGGAUUACUAUACGAGCACCACGGCACCCGGCUAUACGACCAGCACAGAGCAGCCGCUCUCGACUAGCACCAGCACGGCGCCGGGCAGCUAUGAAGAGACCACAAAAUUCGAGAUACGUGUCGAGGAUGUGGACGAUGCUGACUUGGCGGCAACAACGCCAGCGACGGCGCCAGCGCACACGGAGAUCCAUUCGGAUCGUCGUGCCCUGGAGCUGCUGAAGUCACUAUAUUCGCUGGCAUCGAAGUUUAGCAGCAGGCGAUAAGAUUGCCAAUGCCAACGGUUGCCGAUUCCUAAUGGCAGUGUGGCCAGCGCUGCGAAAGUGUGCGAGUAAAUGCUUAACUUUUAGUCAACUCCCCCCGGCGCUCAACAACC